ACGAUCAUUUGUACCGCUUGAAUUUGAACGCACGCAGCUAAAUAUUGUGCAACCGCUAUCGUGAUUCUCACUUUGCUAGGUUGAUCUGUGCAGCUUACAGGACGUCGUGUUUCUACGAAUGACAUCAGUGUCGUGUCUCGUUGUAGUGGAAAGCGCAACUUUAGCGCGGAAGCUAACACUUCAGGAUCCGCGUCUCUCCGCCUUGAAAGACGCUGUGCUGGCAUGCAGUCUCUUGUCCCGGAAUGUCAACGUGAAAACGGACAGAUUUCAGGUGUUUGACGAGACUUUCAAAAGAAAUAUUGACCUAGCGGACGAUGACUUGAUUCCAGACCGGGCGCAAAUAUUUGUCUUUGCAACCUUCAUUUGGAACCAGAAGGAAACAUACACUCAUCCAGUCUCACAGAGAGCCACUCUGAUGGUCCCAGUGAUGAUCGUGAUGGUAGAGGUUAUUCAGCCCCGGACUUCUCCAGCCUGAACACGAAGCUUCAAGAUGCUGUGUUAACACCAUCAGUGCACAGAAAAAUCAUAGAGGAGCUGUAUCAGGCUAUGAUUUGCUGCACUCUAUAUCCCACUGCCAAGUUUUAUUCCAAGGUGGCCAGCCUACUUGUGUCUGAGCACAGUAACUUGGCCGACACUAAGGGCAGUGGCUAUGACUCUUGGGUUAUAGGCUUAAGGAACAAGUUCAAAAAUGAGCGGCGCAAGUUGUCUAACAACGAAGUGGUAGAACAAUCCAGAGCUAAGUAUGGUGUGAAGAGAAAUGUUGCAAAGGACACAGCUAGUACUACUACAAUGCAGCGCAACAACAUAUCCAGGCUACCUGAUAAUGCACACGGCACAUCUGAUACAUCGGAUACCAGUCAGCAUGAAUCGUGGCUUUCAAAUGAAUACCUCAAACAAAAACCGGACAUUUCUCAAAUGCUUGUGCACUUGAGAGAAAGCUUUCAAGGGCGGUCCAAGAAAAUGAAAACAGCCAAGGUUUUAGACUGUACAAUGGAGUACCCUUAUGUCAUGGAUUUCAGAAUGUUCAUGCACGAGUUUGAGCUACUCACACAAAAGGAUGCUGUGAAAGGCGUAGAAGAUGCAGUAUACAAAGUGCUGCACAUCGUGGCAACAAAAGACGUACGCUGUUCCGAAGAAAUCAAAAAUAGCAUUCUCAAUCUGGACCGGUUCCAGGGAUAUCGCAGGCGUAAAAGGCAUCUGCAAGCUUUGCUUGUUGCAAGAGCCCUGGCUGAGAUGUUCAAAGAGAAGAGAGCCAUGGGGAGCUUAUUUGCUCACGAGUCGGCUGAGAACGUUCCUGCGACGCCCUACAUCUCCUACACUGGGACCUCUCUGUAGGACGGAAGCCUAUUAAAACUUGUUGUCGAGAACGUCCCCCUGUUUCACGUUGUCGAAGGAAUGGAAGGAGUCAGCAGCAUUUUGGCGGCAUACUGGAUCUUCAAUGCUUCCUACUGCGCACAACACAUGAAAACGCUAAGUUUUUUGAACAUGCAAUUGGACUACGAGCAACCAUACUCCGGGUGGCUGUAGCGUCUCUUCUGAAAAAAUACAGGGCACUGAGUUAAGUGACAAAGUGUUGACCACCAACAUAUUUAAAGUUUGUUACUGUUAAACUUCCCAGCUCAUAGCUCAUUCAAGUUUUCUAGUCAUUAUACAUCCACAUGUAUUUUUCAUUAUGUUUAAUAAAAGGAGAACUUUUAUAAAUGA